AUGGCCAUCGCUGAAGACGCCAGCUUACUUGCCGCGGGACAAAGCGGUCCUCAGAAUGAUGGUUUUGGCGCCAAGUACAACUUGUUGGAUAAAAAUGGAAGCACUGAGCCGGAUCGCCAAGAUGUGUUGUCAGUUCUUGCUGCCCCGAAACCGAUGCGGACUCUUUCGUCUCCAACUGUUUCAUCGGAAGCGCUCAAGCGUCAACGUGAUGAACUUGGCGCGCCAUCCAACACCUCCGCCACUGUGGACAAGAACAUCGGUGGGAAAGCUGCCUGCAUGUUCGUUGACGAUUGUGAUACUGGAUCGCAACUUCGCAAAGCCAUUUCCCACUUAUUUGGUCGCAACAAAACAUGUACACUGAAGAUCCCGGAAAUGGUGUGGGUGUACUAUUGCCGAAAACACUACCAGAGAGUCCGUUACCGUAAUGCCAAAACAUAUCCUAUUACUCAAAUGGAACUUGUUCAGACACAGAUCGAACGCCUAAAGGCCUGGAGUGAUCGAAAUCGCGCUACGGGAAAAGGUCCCUAUAUCAACUCGUGGACUCUGUCACUCCGAAAGCGAGAAGAAAAACGGCUUCAAGGCGAUGGGAGAAGGUCUGAAAAGGGGAAAGAGCCAUACGAGGUGGGAGCUGGUCACAUUCCUGCCUGGAUAAUCGAGGAAUUAGGUGAAGGUUUCGAUACUGAGCGCAUGUUUAAGAUUGCGGGACGCCUCCACGAAGAGAUUAUGAGUGGUGCUUUGACUCAAGUCCCCGAGAUUGAAUUCUUGCCCGACAUUGUGGGCGACGAUAAGGACAAGGAGACAACCAAGUCAACUCGUCAACGAAGGCAGAACAGUUCAACGUGCGUGACAAGGACCUCGAAACGAAAGGCAACAACAGACUUCCACGCCAUGACUCAACCAAGCCCGGCGUAUCAUGACAUGGACUACGCGGGUCAUGGUCAAGACGGCGAAUACGAUGCGGAAGGUGCAGUUAGUACUUCAGGGAAGCGGCCGCGAACCAGUCGAGCGGCGUCGUUCCUUGACGGACCUUCAAACUCUUACACCACGGCUUCUUACUUUCCCGCGCGCGCGGAGAAUGUCGUGCCCAAAAUUCAACCGACGAAUUACGAACACAGCCGUUACGCUCACAACGUUGGCAGUGGACGAUUAGGGCACACGCACCCAGUGCAAAGCCAUGCUCGUGCCGCAUCCUACAGCAGCGUUCCUCCAGAAUCCGAAUAUGCUUCCGAACCAUAUUACCGACCUCAAAAACCGCCUGGCUAUGGACAAGUGCCGCUGCACUUUUCGGGUAGCCAGAGUAGCGCAAGCCCGCCUCCCAUGCUGCCUUCGAUCACAAGGCAGAUGCACAACGCUUCCAUCUCGUAUGAACGCCAUGAAAGCGCUCCACGAGGAGCGAGGCCUCAGACGCGAAGACCAUCGCGACCCAUGCACCAGAGAUCCACUAGCGCCUUCAACCCGGGAAGGCGAUGUGUCCCUAUGUCGAGUCGACCAUCUAGCUCAGGCAAUGGUGAAGCCGUGGGACAUGCCAGAUACGAAAUGAACAGACAGGUGCCACCCCCGGCAAUGUAUGGUCCCGGACAUCACGGCCCUCAAAGCUCCACUGAAGGUGACUGGCGUCACCAUCAGUAUCGUGGAAGGCCUACCUGGACGUCAAAUUAUACGCAUCCAGCUCCCUCUCUUCCCAGUAACCAUACCCAGUAUUCAAACCCUCAUGACCCAAGCUAUGGCUCCCCGUUCCCACGCGAGAACGACUCCUCAUAA